GCGGAGCUUUGCCGCCUUCGGGCUGCCGGCGAACGGCUUAAAUAACGGUACUCGGCGCUGGCGGCUAGCAGUUAGCGGCCGAACGUACGUGGAACAGAAGACAUAUCAGUUGAAACACAUACAUAUGUCCGUCUAGAAAGACAGUGAAUAUCGAAAGGAAACCAGAGUCCAGGAUAGCCAGAGAGCCGAAGAGAUCGGAGCGGAGAGAUAGAUCGGAUCGGAGCGAGGAGGUCCCAGCGCUAACAAUCGAGGGAGGAUCAACUUUGUGAAAAGAAUCAAGCGAAAAUCAAAUUUUGAACUCUAUUCAAGUAAUCUUAUUCGAAACCAGAACUACAAUCCCUAAAGUAUAGACACCUGUGUAAAUAUAUCCAAACUUUAUUCAAAGAUCUAAGUGUAGUGUAGUCUUAAGAACCACACCAAUUCGAGCUUACAUAGAAACCUGUCAACCAAGAACACACUCUAUCCAGAACUCCAACACUGAUCUUUCCAAGCAAAUAUCCAGAAUAUCCAGAAUAUCCAGAAUAUUAUAACCUAAAAGUAUCUACAGUAUUUAAAUUACAAGUUGUGUGCAUCAGACACAAGAAAGCAAAUAUUCUAAAGAUUAUUUAGAUCCUUAAGCGAGUUUGUUCCAACUUCCAUCGCACUUAGGAACUUUAAUCUAAGACACACCACUUGAUUGAUCCUGAAGGAUCUUGAGACGUACUAAGAGAUCUAAGAGACACCAGUCCAGAGCUUAAGGAAACCAUCAUUGUAUCCUGGAUCGUGAGCCACGAUCGACAUUGUCACAGAAGUAAAAGUGAAAAUGACUCUGAAUCCGGGAUUUGACUUGAACCCGAACCCAUUGCUAGUCCAGCUCCACAUCCACUUUUGGGCAGGACACUUGAACUAAGGAAGAAGGAAGAAGCCAACAGACAGAAGACAGAAGCCCAAGGUCGAAGGACGAAGGACGAAGGAGGAGACACCCAACCAGUCCAGAACAACUUGAAAGAAUAAGUGUUAAAAAGAGAAGGCUGUAGGCGCUAAGUAAGAGUACACAUAUACAUUACACAGAAAGAGAUAGACAGAGAGUGAGAGUAACAGACAGAGAGAGAGAGAGAGAGAGAGAGUCAGAGAUGGAUACCAAGCUGGAGGCGCGGGGCCAGUUUCCGGCAUCCUUUCCGGACACGUUCAAGAACUUCUUCGCCAUGAUGAACGAAGACGAGGACCAUGUCGGGCUGUUUGCCAAUCUGCUGGAGGACAAGGUCAUUCCGCGUCACAACACUCCCAUGCAGCCCCAGCGACAGCGAUGCGGCGGCAGCCUCCGCAGCCACAGCGGUGGCGAUCGAGCGGACCGCGGCGACCGCGCCGAGCGCCUCUACCAGCAGCACCUCCAGAAGCAGCAGCAGCAACUCCAGCAGCAGCAGCAGCACCAGCAGUCGCAGCAGCAACACAUCCAGCAACACAACAUGUCCGUCUAUCCGAUGCGCGGCCGCAGUGGCAGCGGCAGCGGCGCCGAGCUGAUGAUGUCCCGGGACGCCCGCUACGGCCCCACCUCCGGCAGCCGCUCCAACUCGCUGCGCCUCAACCGGCAGCGCGCCACCAGCUUCAGCCAGAACGGCCUGAACCGCCUGGGCUUCGGCCCGGUCCUGCUCGGCCCGAACGUCAGCUCCAGCAGCAGCGGCAGUGUCAUCGACGUGACCACGGGCGUGGGCGUGGGCGGCGGCGGGGAUCUUCCGGCUGUAUUCAACAGCCAGCGUGGUGCCGCCGGCGGCAGCGGCGGAGGAGGCUCCUCCGGGAAUCAGAAGGCCGCGUCCGGCAGCUCGAAGUCGGAGAGGAGCGGCAGCAGCAGCGGAGGAGGCGGCGGGGGAGGAGGCCUGCUCUGCAAGCACAUCAAGUACUGCUGUCUGCACCAGAAUCCCUCGCAGUCGCCAUUGGAGGCCCAGCAGCAGCAGCAGCAGCAGCAGCCGAAGCAGAUGCUCGUCACCUUGCCCUGCGACUGCCACUUGCAGUACCAACAACAACAGCAGCAGCAGAAGCGGAUGGGGCCCGACGGCGAAGACAAUGGCGGCGGCAAGCCCUUGAAAGGGUACGGCUAUGGCUACGCUCCGGCGCCGCCCGUUAGCGUGGGGCUCCCGAAGAGCUCCUCCAGCGACGAUCCGGGCUCCUCGGUGGCAGCGGCGGCCAAGGAGCGACUGGAGAGGAUCGAGCGGCAGGAGAAGCGGCACUCCACCAUCCUGGAGAGGGCCUUUGAUUUCGACGCCAGUUGCGAUGAGAGCGACAGCAUCUGCAGCAGCACCCCGGGCCCUGUGCCCUCGCCGGCUCCCCACCAGCUGGCCUACAACGUGCUCAAGCCGAUCCUCAAGCAGCCGCAGCAGCAAAAGCAGCAGCCGCAGCAGAUGCAGCCGAUGCAGCAGCCCGUGCCACACGUGGUGCACCGUCUCCUGCCCACUCCGCCGACCCACGGCGGCCUGGGCGCGUUCCACACCCGGGAGGCGGCCCUGCAGCGCGUCCAGCAGCAGAGCGGCUUCGGGAGUCGUCCCAACCUGACCCCCGCCGGCGGGAACUACAUCCAAGGUCCCAGUACCUCGAACGCCGCCGGCUACAACACCGGAUACAACGUGCAGCAGGAGCAGCAGAUGCAGCAGUACGACUACGAGCCGCAGGAGCAGCAGGACUACAUCCAGCAGGAGCAGCAGGACUCGCAGGAUCAGUACAUGGAGUACGACACGGAGUGGGAGAGCCAGGAAGCCCCCCCUCUCACCACCUACGGGGACUUUCUCAACGCCGCCCAGAAUCCAACCGGCAGUCGGCAGAGCCUGCGAACCCAGAAGUCUCCCAUUUUGAACCGACGACGAGCCUCGUCCAUCGCCGCCAACUGUCUGACCUCGGACUACACCGGCUACGCCAGGAACAGCAUCGGAGGAGCCCCGCUGGGCAACGAGGACCUGCAGAGGAUUUCCCACAGCAGCAGUGCCAGGGACCGCAUGUCCUUGGCCGGAGUCCUGACCUUCCAGCAAGCCAUGUCCGGGGCCGUGUCCCCGCAGUACGGCACCGUCGGCUCCCUCAACCCUCCCGGCAGCGGGGACAUGAUGAUACCGGGACCCGGAUCUGGAGGCGGGCUGCUAGGCGGCAGCUCCCUCAACGUCACCGUGGGCGUGGGCCUCCUGGGCGGCUCCAGCACCACCUUGGCCGCUGUCGCCGAGGUCACCAGUGGCCCGGACGCCACCGACUCGCCAACCGGCGACUCUAUCGACUCCCUGUCCCCCAUCUCGGAGGCCAUGGGCGGCUCCAAGUUGCAGCAGCAGAAGAAGAAGCAGCAGCAGCAGCAGCAGCAGAUGCAGCAACAGCACGUGCCGACCCACUUGCCGCGGGAGCGGGAGCGUGGGGUGGGUGAGUCCUCCGGGGCCAGCACGUCGGUGUCCGCUCUGGCCGCCGCCGUGGUGGCCGCCUCCCACGCGCCCGGUAGUCGCUACCUGGCGGAUCGGCAGCGGCUGAGGACCUCGAGCAUGCCGGCGGAGAGUCGCAGGCCUCGUUUAGCGGAGAUGCGGCGCUCGGCGAUCCAUGCCGGGGACCUGGACAUGGAGUACUACCGUUUGCGCAGCUUCAGCAUCACCUCGCACGGUGUCUGCAACCUGGGCGAUUCCUUGAGGAGUCGCAGGUCGCGUUCCAUCAACUCCGUGGCAUCGACGGGCACUUCAAACAGCGGCGUGGACCGCCACAAUAGCAACGCAUCGCGCGUAUCCGGCGAAGUCAUCGACGGGGAUCCUGCCGCCCAAGGACAACAGCAGAACGGCACGCCCUCCGUCCCCGCCUACAAGGUGGCCAUGCUCGGCGGCUCCGGCGUGGGCAAGACCACCCUGACCUACCAGUUCACCACAUCCGACUAUAUAUGCGCCUACGACCUGAGUCUGGAUGACGACUACGGCCAGAAGACCGUCUCCGUCCUGGUAGAUAACAUUGAGACGGACUUGGAAAUUAUCGAUCACCCAGCCUGCGAGAUGUCGACGGAGGCCUUCUGCGCCACCUACAACAUCGACCUCUUCGUGGUCGUCUACUCGGUCGUGGACAAGAACACCUUCAAGGCCGCCGAGCGGGUGCUCCAAUACCUCAAGGAGAACGAGAUGCUACUCACCCGCGGCGCCAUCCUAGUCGGCAACAAGACGGACCUCGAGCGACACCGCCAGGUCUCCAGACAAAUGGGUCGGAAGGUGGCCAAGGAGAUCGCAUGCAAGUUCAUUGAGACCUCUUCCGGGCUGGACCACAACGUGGAUGAGCUGCUGGUGGGAGUGGUGGCCCAGGUUAAGCUCAACCCGCAGCGCCUGCGGCUGCUCACCGAGCUGGAGCUGCAGCGACUAAACCUCCAGAGCACGAUCCAGAAGCACCGGGGUAUGCAUUUGCCGGUGCGGCGGAUGGUGCGGCAGAUGAGCGUCUGCCAGGGCGACGAGGAGACGCUGGGGGGCUUCGAUGAUCUGGCCCUGCAGCUGCACGGGGGCGACCGGAUAGACAACCCCAACCGGCGGCCACUAAACCUGGAGAGCAUCCUGCGGAUGGGCGGGGAAAGCGACCUGGAGGAGGGUGGAACGAGCAGCGGCGUCAACAUUGGCCGGCUGGGCAAGUUCGAGAUUCUGGCCGCCAGUCUGCGGCAUCGGCAUCCGUUCCGGAAGCGUCGCUCGUUCGACGGCGCCACCACCACCUCCACGGCGGCUGCUGCGCUGGCUGAGCUGCAGCGCCGCCAGCAGCUGCGGGCCAUGGACGACUCCCAGCUGGGAGCACGUCGAGAGGAGCGGUACGGAGCGGUGCGGGACGGAGGCGCCAAUAGCGAUGACGAGGAGGAUGGUGACGGCAACGGCGGCGGCGGGGGACGCAGGAGCAGCUGCAAUCGGAAGGUGGUGAAGAAGCUGACGGCCAGGACUAAGGUGUUUAUAUCCUCGGUGCUGCGCUUCAAGAAGGCCAUCAACCUGAAGCGGCGAAGCUCCUCCAGCUGCAGCGAUCUCUUUGUGAUUUAAGGCGAAGGAUUGGCUGGAGGCUUGUCUGGGCGAGAGGAUCAGGAGGAUCUGAAGCCCCUGGAGGAUAUGGAGGAAAAGGAGGAGAGAGACUGACUGUAUAUAGAAGCAAAGGCACGGAGGACGAGGAUCACAGAGGAGGACGAGAGGACGAAGAGGCGGAGGAGGAAGGGCAGCGGCAGAAGGCGAAUCAGGGGAUACAUGAUACAUGGGAUGGCGAGGAUAACCACCUGGCAGUGGAUCGGAUCGGAUCGGAUCGGGAGUAGGAGAGGAAAUAUCGAAACAGCAGCGCAACCAAAUGGCGGUGGCGACGAAAGCGGAAGCGGAAGUGCCUCAACCGGAAGCGGAAGCAAGCAGAGGAUGUUUACGUACGGCGCCGGAGUCUCCGGGCUCCGGGAGCCGCUAAACCCACACUCACGCACGAACACGUAUAGGGAAGAAUCUACAGGGAGGAAACCUAAUUAUAGACACAAUUUCGAAUCAUUAUUUAUCCGAGAAAUGCGAAAUGCAAGCAAACACACUUCCAACCACAGCCAAUUGCAGGAUAAUACAUUUUUGCAAUUGCAAUUGGCAACAAAAUUGUAAGACACAACACACACCACACCCACUGUCCUUUACCAAAACCCCAAAACCCCAACACCCCAACACCCCAAAAACCCAAAUACCCAAAUCCCGAAAACUGAAAAUUCCAAGACCGGCAACUGCGGACAAUAAUUUUGACCAUACCCGAAAAAUAGUAAUCCCGAAAACAGGUCCCCAGAAACGACACUCGGAACGAAACCAAAUAAAUAAUAGAAGAAAGAAAGCUGAAUUUGUCGGAAUACGUAAUAUGUAUUACGUAAUAACCAAAAAAAAAAAUAAUAAUAGUCGAUCAGAAGGGGUAGACCCACUGAAGGGCAAGAAACUGCACUAUAUUUUGAGAGUCUUGUCCAUUUUGUCCACCUAUUAUUGUUUUUCGAUUAAACGCGUGGUUUCAAACGGAAUUUAAGAUAGGAAGAACCCAAGGACUAGAGCCCGAGAAAUCGGGAAUCAGGACGGAGAGAAACCACUGAGAAAAAUCGGAGUGCUCUUCGAUCUGCAAGGCACUCGACAGUAUACACGUAUUAAGCAGCUCAAUUUACAGAUUUUGAGAAGAGCUGAAAAUAUAAAAAAUAACUUAACCAAAAACGAAGCCAAUGAGCAGCUCAAAAAGGGAAAACUUUAGACUUAAUUCUACGCUGAAGAAAAAAUAUUAAACUUACUAUUGCAUUCUUUUUGAUUCUCUGUGUGUAUCUAUUUGAAUUUCUGCAUGACUUUACCCGUUUUUAAAUGUUUUAUUAAUCUGUGUUUACUUUGACUCCUUUUUUCUCUCUGUGUACUGUACUGUGUUUACCGUUAUGCUUUACGUUCUGCAACUGUCAGCUUUGAAUGCGAAUUCCGUUACUUGAUGUUCCGUUACUUUUUUAAUGGCUGCUCGAUUGGCCAAGUUAGCCGAUAAACGCAAAAACUUAAGAUGGUACCUAUUCGAUAGGAAGCAGUAGUUGUCUAGCGCCGGGAUUUAGCAAGAGCAAGAGGAAGAGGAGAUGGGCGUACAUUUUUUUGGGGCGCCAUUAUCAUAACCAAGAUCUUGCAAAUAAGUACAUACAUACAUACAUAUUUUUUGAACAGUUCUCUGUGUUGUGUGGUAUUGAAAUACCGAAAAUACCGUUAGUACUCUACACAAAAUGAAUAAAAAAAAAACGCGAAACUGCAGAUUCCCGAGUACAGAUUAAAGGAGGAAGGGGGAGGAGCGGGCUAAUCCGAUACUAACUUAAUAUCCAAUUUGGCCUAGAGUUCGAUGCAUCGGAUCGAGCUGACAAAAAAAAUCUGGCUAAAAGCAGUGACAGUAACUGAAAAUGAGACUGAAACUGAAACUGAAACAAUUCACAUUAAAUCACAUCUCUGAUGACGUGACAGAACGGCUAGCCCCGCCCCUCCUCUGGAGCCGGCGAUGCCCCUAAGCUUCGAGCCUCGCCCCCUUGGCCCGCCCUCGGCCCGAGUUCCACUUGACGUGGAUGGGACUCAGAGCAGUCGAGUAGAAACCUUAAUGAGCUUAACCAAGGUCCGCAAAAACGAAAUGAAACGUAUUAAAAAAGAAGGGAAACAAAGAGGAGGGCAGAGGGCAGAGGGCAGAGGGCAGGGAACAAGGGGGCAGUUGCUCGGGGGGUGGCACCUUCUUUAGCUGUACGAACCUGCCACACUCCCGCCACACAACUGUACCGCAAGCCCACUAAUACCCUUUGACAAUACACUUAACGGAUAAUGAUGAGUUGCUUCUCUUCGAUUCGGGGACAGAGACGAAAAAAUCUGCAUAUGGGAGAGGGAGGUGGAUUGGAUUGGAUUGGAGUGGGAGUGGGAGUGGGAGUGGGAGUGGCGUGGGAGAUAGUUUGCUCAAAUGCAAUUAUUUCAUUAUUCGGCCUGGGUUCACCUGAGAUCUGGUUAUAUUUUAAAUCAACCGGACUGAGACAAAGGCGAAGGAGAGAACAACAAUGGCGUCGAUUCCGCCUCCAUUGUGAAAUCUCCCUUGCACUCCUGGUGGAGAUAGCUAAUGCCUCUCCAGAACCAGAGGCGUUCGAGGGGAAGGUGAUGGCGUGGUGGAGACGGAAAUGGAGAUGGAGAUGGAGAUGGGAGAGUGGAGUGGGCGGGCGGGGAGUUGUAACAAAACCAGGCCAAAAUAACUGUAAACAGCGACGGCCGGAGAGAACAAAGCGGAGAAAUAAGCUCAAAGUUUCCACAUUGUUUUGGGGCUGUGUGCACAAGAAGCGGCAGCUCCAACCCACCAACACCAACACCAACAGCAACACCAACAGCAACACCAACUACAAGAAGGGCUCUGGGUACAGAAAGUCAACAAAAACCAAACACAAAAAACUUAAACAAAUUGAAAAUGAACACACAAGAACACACUAGCGUGCACGUCCACACACACAUAGACAGAAACACAGCAAUGUCCCCUUGAAAUACAUACAUACGUACGAAUAUGUGCAUGUGUGUGUGUGUGUGUAUGGCAAACAAUGGAAAUAUGGAAAAUGCAGGUUGGGGAAAUGGGGAGAUGGGAGGAUGGGAGGAUGGGAGAGUCGGAGUCGGAGUCGGUGAAGGUGGAAACUCUCCUGGGAAAGCGGCAAUGUCAUCGGGAGAGAUUCCAUCAGGAAACUUAGGCAAGUACUUAACCGAACUUGAUCGGUGGAGAGUCCUGGACGGCAAAAUAAGAACGAGAUGGCAUCGGAAUUUCAGGAGGAGGACCAGGAACAGGAAGAGGAACAGACACAGGAACAGGAACUAUGUAUGUUACAAAAAAAAACAAAAGAAAGUGAACGGAACAACGAAUUGCGAAUGACCUGAGAGGGAAAUGCCAACCAAUACUAGUGUAAGGUCGCACGGCAAAGGUAAUACCUACUACUUUGUACUCUUAAGGUUAUUUUAAUGCAUUUUAAGUAGACUUACCACUUACCACUUACCACUUACCACUUACCUAUUGAACUUAGCCCGCUAAGCUAGACCUUGAUCGCCCCAUUCGAUAAAGUAUACGUUAAGUUUGCACUACUCUUACGGCCCUAAAAUGUCAUUAGCCUGCAAGUUAUUGGACUCAUUUAGCUUAGAAGUAUGUAUUUCUGUACCUUAAGCUCUUUUCUUCCACCGAAGCCACUUAGGUAGGAAGCCGCUGCGCCGAAGCUGGUCAGUAUGUACACCUGCAACAGAAGCCGCUUUGAGAGGUUGCAACUCCAGAGCCUUACAGCCUUAGAGCAGGUCCUGCAGGAGCCGGGACUCGGCUGCGCGCCACCUGAUAAGGGCCAGAAACAAUAUUGAGGGUGAAGUAAUGAGAUUUGAAGGACUCCGACGGCAGUCCGGUCCGGCAGCAAGUGCAUUUUCCCAGGCAGGAUGUGUGCGAGGAGGAUGUGUCGUGUGGAACUCGAAACGAAUCGAAACUGUGCCAUUAACACGGGACACGGGACACGGCACGCCCACACGGACAGUUGCUUAACCCCCUUCGGAACUUAACCCACUACUAACUUCUACUUCGAAAACGAGACUGAUUAUAUUGAUCCCCCUGACCUUGACCCCGACCCUGACCCUGACCCCUGACCUCUAGCGAACGGAUCUCACACUUCUGGCUAACCACUGACGACUACUCUCCCCACUCUAAUCCUUGGAUCCUUGAAUCCUUACACACAAAUCCUCUACACGAAACAAAAAUGUCAAGUUACAAGAGGAGAAGACACACGAACAGAAGUUUACACAUAUAUAUCUUAUAGAAUUAUAUACCCAAUAUUAUAUACAUAUAUGUAUACAUCAAUAAAUAUACUACAGGAUAACGAGCAAGCAUAUAUAAUAUAUUAGCGAUACAGUGCAAGGACACAAUUUACACUCCAGUUUCAGCCGCUCUGGCGCAAGGACUCAGAACCUAUUGUACGACACAUAAGUUAAGUUUCGAACCAACUUUGUACGAAUUUCGGGCGCGGGCCAGAUCCCAAGACCGCCUAGUCCGGGCACCCCCACUACUCUCAACCCUACAAGUUGAGUAUAUCAUUUAAGUGUGAUACGCGAACGGAGGUGGCUUUAGUUGUAAUUAGAAGUCCCAGUCCCAGUCUCAGUCCCAAUCCCAAGUCCCCAAUCCUCAAACCCCAUCCCUGCGUUAGAUCUUCCCACUUUUGCUCCGUUCGGAUCAAAUCAAAGGCGCCGCCGGCCCAAACCAAGCAAAAUUUAAAGUUAAAAAGUAGUAGAGAGCCCAACCACUUUUUAAACUAACAAAAUUGUUUACAAAUCAAAACUUAUCGUAGUCGGAUCUAUAUACACAGCAGAUAUAUACAGCAGAUAUAUACAGCAGAUAUACAUAAAUCAAUUUUUUUCGAUGUACGUUAACCGUUUAUGAAUGUGUAUUUGUGUGUGUUACCACCACUUUAUAUCGAGCUAUAAUGCUAUAAUAUUAUUGUGCAAUUCGAAAGCGAACAGAAAACCAAGCAAGAGCGAAUAUCUGCCGAUAUGAUUCCCAGCCAGUUCCCGCACUUUAACACUUUCCAGGCAAGGCAAUUGGGUCUGGUAUUAGAGGCAGUCGAAGGUUCUAUCGAUCGGCGGGACGGAUCGGACGGCGGCAGAGGAUCACCUACAUGACCACGUAGCAUGCUAGUCCGGCUGUCCCCCGAUUUUACCACGUACUCAUUACGUUUCUUUGGUCGAUUGAGGCACAGCCGUUCAAUCAAAUUGAACGGAAUAUUUUAUCCAAAAUAAAUAAAUAUUUUACUCUAUGUGUACACUUACGAACAAUUAAAGCUUAUAUAUGUA